GCUCAGGUUGGCGACGCUCUAGUCGCCGCUUCUCUAAGGCCCGCGGGGCGGCCUGGGAGCCGCGGCAGAAAGGCCCGCCUCCGUGCGCGCAGCCUGCGGGCGCGGGUCAUGGCGCGGCUCCCGAAGCUCGUAGUCUUCGAUCUAGAUUACACGCUGUGGCCGUUCUGGGUGGACACGCACGUAGACCCCCCGUUCCACAAGAACAGUGAUGGAACUGUACGAGAUAGGCGGGGCCAGGCCGUCCGACUGUACCCACAGGUGCCUGAGGUCCUGGAAAGAUUGCAGGGCUUGGGGGUGCCCGUCGCGGCCGCUUCACGGACAGGUGAGGUUGAAGGGGCCAACCAGCUACUGGAGCUCUUUGACCUUGUCAGAUACUUUGUUCAUCGGGAGAUCUAUCCAGGCAGCAAGGUCACGCACUUUGAGAGGUUGCAGCAGAAGACUGGAGUUCCUUUCUCCCAGAUGAUCUUCUUUGAUGAUGAAAAGCGGAAUAUUGUAGAUGUCAGCAAACUGGGUGUUACCAGCAUUCAUGUCCAGAAUGGAAUGAGCCUUCAGACCCUAACUCAAGGAUUAGAGACAUUUGCAAAGGCACAAGCUGGACUCUGAGGUCCAGUCCUGUGGAUGAGCCUCAUUUGAGGCAUAGAACUGAAAGGAAAUCAGGAGGGCAUUUUCAGGUGCAUUUGUAAAUUAUUAAAGUGUAUUUGUGUGUGGCAGAAGAGAUCUUACCCAGUGUGUGUUGUUUCUAA